AUGUCUUUUUCACAAAUCGAAUGGGAUUGUUCUCGUUGUGGAUCUACUGUAACUGAUCGUCGAAAAUACUGUACCGAUUGUCAUUCAAUGUUAACUUGGACAUGUACUGGCUCAGGAAAAUCUGGUUUGUACACGAAUUAUUAUCGUCAUUGUGACCGCUGUAGUUAUUGUACACCACAACUUGAAGAAGAAAAACAACAACAGUUGCAAGCUUUAAAUGAUAAACAACGUCCUUGGUCAGAAUGGAGACGCACUGGUGCAUCUUGCAUACAACACACCGGUUAUGAUGUCGAACAAGUACAAGAAUUGUAUUCGAUGUGUGAACAACCACUUAUAAAUUAUUGUUCGCAUAGGAGCGAGCAACUGACGAACAGUACUACCACAUCAUAUUUAUCUCCUAUGAAUCUGCUUGUGGUAACAUUAUGGCACUUAAAACACUAUCAUACUGAACGUUAUAUUGCUUCAGAAUUGAACUUAUGUCAACCAGCAGUGAAUUAUUUCUUAUCAGCAGUUGUGGAUAUUUUACAUUCAUGCGUAUAUCCAGAAUUGAUUUCAUUACCUGCUGACAUGACUAAUAGAAGAACUCCACAUGGACAUGAACGGAAUCAUAAAUUAAUAGUUGAUUCGACUUUUAUUGCAAUACCUGAACCUUAUGAUUCAGAACAACGCAAAGCAUUUUAUCAUGCGAAAAGUUCAACAAAUUACGCAUUAAAGGUACAAGUGGCUUGUGAUUUUCAUCAUCGAAUAGUACACGUAUCCGAAUGUUAUCAUGGAAGUGUACAUGAUAUUACAAUUUUAAGAGAAUCAGGACUGUUAGAAUACGUCAACGACUCUGUGCAAAUUAUUGCUGACAAGGCUUAUGUUGGUGAAGAGUACGUGGUCACUCCAAGAAAAAAACCUCAUGGACGUGAAUUAACAAAUGAAGAUAAGAAUUUCAAUCGUGAUAUUAAUAGUGCAAGAGCAGCUAUUGAAAAUAUUAAUCAACGUCUUAAAACGUAUGCUAUUCUUGGUGGUAUCUACAGAGGUGCUAUUGAUGACUUCCAUAAGGCAACAAAAAUCGUACAAGUCGUUUCUGCACUAUGUAAUUUGAACUUAAAUAAACAUCCUAUUCGUAGAUAA